CAUGCCACCUCCACACUGCGUCUUCACCACCUGAAGGAACCGCACAUGACAUUUCAUCAGCUGCCAGUUGAUCUGAAACCUCCAGCUGUGUGAGUUCUUUUUCGGUUUCGUUUGCUCUGACCAUCAUGAGCCGCAAAUCGCGCCGCUGGAUCUUCCGCAUGUUCCUCUGUCUGGGAAUAAUCUACCUGAAGAUCGGGGGUUUCUCGUCAGUCAUAGCACUGGGAGCCAGCAUCAUCUGCAACAAAAUCCCAGGACUCGCCCCCCGACAGAGGAUCAUCUGCCAGAGUCGCCCCGACGCCAUCAUCGUGAUCGGAGAGGGGGCGCAAAUGGGCAUCAACGAGUGCCAGUUUCAGUUCAGGAACGGCCGGUGGAACUGCUCUGCCCUGGGAGAGAGAACCGUCUUCGGAAAAGAGCUGAAAGUGGGCAGUAAGGAAGCCGCCUUCACCUAUGCCAUCAUCGCGGCGGGCGUGGCCCACGCCGUGACUGCGGCCUGCACCCGGGGCAACCUGAGCGAGUGCAGCUGCGACAAGGAGAAGCAGGGCUUCCACGGCCGGGCGGACGGGUGGAAGUGGGGCGGCUGCUCGGCGGACAUCCGGUACGGUCUCGGCUUCUCCAAGGUCUUCAUGGACGCGCGGGAGAUCAAACAGAGUGCACGGACGCUCAUGAACCUCCACAACAACGAGGUGGGACGGAAGCUCCUGGAGCGUAACAUGCGUCUGGAAUGCAAGUGCCACGGCGUGUCGGGCUCCUGCACCACCAAGACGUGCUGGACGACCCUGCCCAAGUUCCGCGAGCUGGGCUACAUCCUGAAGGAUCAGUACAGCCAGGCCGUGCAGGUGGAGCCGGUCAAGGCCACCCGCAACAAGCGUCCGACGUUCCUCAAGAUCAAGAAGCCGUUCUCCUACCGCAAGCCCAUGGACACGGACCUGGUGUACAUCGAGAAGUCGCCCAGCUACUGCGAGCCCGACCCGGUGACCGGCAGCGUGGGCACCCACGGGCGCGUGUGCAACAAGACGCUAACGCACCACCCCAACGGCUGCGACCUGAUGUGCUGCGGGCGGGGCUACAACACGCACCAGUACUCGCGGGUGUGGCAGUGCAACUGCAAGUUCCUCUGGUGCUGCUACGUCAAGUGCAACACAUGCACCGAGAGGACAGAGGUCUUCACCUGCAAGUGAGGCUCGGGCGGCACCACCCCGAGGACCUGUCGGGCGACCCUGCUGUUUUAUUUUUGCACAUUAGAACCAGAUUCGAGGAUUACCACUGGACAGAGAGGCCGGACUCCACCGGACUUCCUUUUAGAAAUCCUGAGUUGCGUCAGGCUCCAUCGGGUUCCUCUGACUUCAUUACGCCGGCGGCGUCCGCGGCGUCGGGCGUGUCUGGAGCCGUCCGAAAUGUGCCGAAGCUUUUUGACUUUUCUCUGCCCUCGAGAAACGUGGAGAAGCCGAUCGUGAUCAGUGUGUGCACCCUGACGCCCUGUUAGCGGUACGUCUUUACUGGUGGACGUGCAAUCAUGCAAAUACUGAUGUUUUUUAUUUAUUUAUGAGGCCGCCUACUGUGUAACAGAGACACACUGUAUGGGCAAAAGUAUUGGGACACCCUGUCUAAUAAAUCAGUUAUACAGUAUAAAGGAAAGUAUAUGCUUCAGAUUUUGGGUAGCACUGUCGCCUUACAGCAAGAAGGUCCUGGGUUCGAUCCCCAGGCGGGGCGGCCCGGGUCCUUUCUGUGUGGAGUUUGCAUGUUCUCCCUGUGUCUGUGUGGGUUUCCUCCGGGCGCUCCGGUUUCCUCCCACAGUCCAAAAACAUGCAGUCAGGUUAAUUGGAGACACUGAAUUGCCCUAUAGGUGAAUGUGUGUGUGUGUGUGUGUGUGUGUGUGUGUAUGUGUGUUUGCUCUGCGAUGGACUUGCGCCCGGUCCAGGGUGUUACUGUGUGCCUUGCGCCCAUUGAAAAGCUGGGAUAGUCUCCAGCACCCUCCCGUGACCCUAACUGGAUAAGCGGUUAAGUAGGUGAGUGAGUGAGUUUAGGGAAGGCUCUUUCCUGUUCCACUCCAGUGUUCUGCACAGAGCCCUGGGCACAAAAUGGGCAUGAGUUCCCACAGUCGAAGAAGCCCAUCACACAGACGUCCGAAUACUUUUGACCAUGCAGUGCAGCUAACAGCGGCGGCUUGCUCGUCUCAAACUGGAACCUUCCUACUGAACUACGAAUAGAAAUGUACUGAAUUAGCGCCGCGUGUAGCGAUUCUCACGUCUUCCGCGACCCCCCCACCCUUUAUUCGUUUGCUGCUAGUCUGGAGAGUCACGUUACGCUGGGACUGGAGCUGAACUGGAACUGUGAUGGAACCAGACAGAUUUACACUGGAGACCGUUCGGUGAGAGUAUAUUUUGUGAGAGAGUAUUUUUAUAUGAACGUUUGUUAUUUAUACUGCGUCACCUCUCGGCCCGUUCGCGACACGGCCGCGGGGGUGCGCUAACCUUCACACUGUCGUACCUGCAGGUGUUAGUGUCAUUAAAAUCAAGCUA